AAAUUGUAUUAAAUAUUAAUCGCGUGAACAACAAGUGGCAGCUAUAGUAAAGAACAGCCUAAAAGUCGACUAAUGAUAGCAAGGGUUGGUAUAGUAGUUGGAGUAGUAGUUGUCGGCAAUUAUUAUUGUCGACAACACCGGCACCGAUACCGACACCAACAAAUCAUAGCAACAAAUAGACAGACACUACCUAAUAGUUUAUCUACCCGUUCAUCAUCAGCAUUGUUAGGACAGUUAUUUAAAUCCCUAUCCCCACCACCAACACCAACAUCAACACCAUUGCGAACCGGGUUAAUGAUUAUUGAUGACCACCACCACCAGCACCUGCAGCAGGAAGUCAUUGAACGGCUAGCUAUAGCUGUACAGCCCAUGUAUGUUAGGAUUAUUUUAGGUGGCGAUCGGGGGCUACGGGUUGUAUAGUUAAUAGACAACAAUCAUCAGCUGAUAAUACAUACAUAAAAAUAAUUACCUGUCAACAUGUUGUCCGAGGGAAACAAUUGGUUAUAGUCAACACAAACAAUGUGUGUGUGUGUGUGUGUAUUUUAUGAUUAGGGCCGACAUAAGUAAGAAACGACAGUUUCAGAGACGUCUAGCCGAGCACCGGGAGAUCAGACUGGGCUAUCAUAUUACGUACACUAAUAGCUUCAUGUGUUUGACCGCUAAAAUUAUGGACACCGACGGAAAUUUUGAAUUGGAUUCCAACUAUCAAAUUUGUAAACUAAAUGGACAGUCAAUCGUAUCGAUGGAUCAUUUAGUUGGACUACUGGCCGACUGUCCAAACAAUCAGCCGAUUAACCUAUCGGUUAGACUAAUAGAUGACGAGACGGCACUGGUAUAUGAAUCGGAUAAAACAAUUCAAUUGAUGUCAACCGGACUCAUCAAUAUUUAAUUAUAGAGAGAGAGGACAGCAUUAUCACACAAACAGUUUCAUACCAAUCAAUUAAUUAAUUCAAAAAAUUUAUUAUUAAA